AUGGUUUUUGAUCAGGCAGGAAAGGCAAGAAACAACCAUGAAAUUGGUACUCACGAGCGUAAGAAAGUGUCAAUAUACAACAAAUAUGGGCAGAAGCUUGUGGGCGUAUUGCAUGAAACGAGGUCCAGGGAGUUAGUAAUUGUCUCUCAUGGAUUUAGAUCUACAAAGGACCGCAUUCCUAUGGUGAAUUUAGCGGCUGCUUUUGAAAAAGAAGGAAUUAGUGCCUUCCGCUUUGAUUUUGCUGGCAAUGGGGAAAGUGAAGGAUCAUUUCAGUAUGGUAAUUACUGGAGAGAAGCAGAUGACUUGCGUUCGGUGGUCCAACAUUUCCAAGGACAGAAACGUUUUGUGGCUGCACUUAUUGGGCACAGUAAAGGAGGAAAUGCUGUUCUCUUGUAUGCUUCAAGGAAUAAUGAUGUGAACUUGAUUGUGAAUAUUGCUGGCCGUUUCAAUCUGGAGAGGGGAAUCGAAGGUCGCUUGGGAAAAGGCUAUCUGGAAAAGAUAGAGCAGAAUGGAUUCAUUGACGUUAAGAGCAGAAGGGGGAAGAUCGAGUAUCGUGUCACUAAAGAAAGCUUGAUGGACCGCCUGACUACCGACCCCCGGGCAGCAUGUGAAACAAUUGACAGAACCUGCAGAGUGUUGACGAUCCAUAGUACUCUUGAUGAAAUGGUACCAGUCGGUGAUGCCUUGGAAUUCGCCAAACACAUUCCCAAUCAUAAACUGCACAUUUUUGAAGGCGCAGAUCAUGAAUUCACUUCGCAUCAGGAUCAAUUGGCGUCAAUCGUUCUGGACUUUGUAAAGAGUGGGCUAACAGCUAGCGGAAAAGCCGACAGCCUUGUUCAUUCCCGACUCUAA